AGGGCGUAGGAGGAUAACAAGAUGAUAUGCAUGUAUCAUAUAUAACGCAUAAGAAAGGUUUCGUCCAUAUAUUUAGCUGAUAUGUGUGUUGUGUUUAUCUGGAAACUUGGAAGAAGCAAAGUUCACCCUAAUUCUCUGACAAUUCCUGGAGACUGGAAGUUUUAAUAACAAGUUUUAAAACUGGAAAUGGAGUCACACGACUUUUCUAAGUGGUUAAAUUCUACAAAAGAACACUUCAAAACAUUGAAUGAGGCAGAGAAGACACAGACUCUAGCCGAAUUACUGCAGCUGUGUGGACCAGAACAGCUGCUGUUUUUGACUCAGACUUAUCUCCCUUUGAAUUGCAGAAUUGAUUUUCUUACCUGUCUUCCAAAUGAAAUUAGCGAACGAAUCCUUUGCUACCUUGAUGUCAACUCUGUACACAGCUGCUGUUUGGUCAGCAAGUCAUGGAACACGUGUGUGAGCCUCUGUAAGAAGUUGUGGACUGACCUUGUAUGGCACAUUGGUGGUGCGAGACAGGUAGUCCUCAACAAGCCAGCGCGUGUGUACAGAAACCAGUUCAUCAGACGAAGGGCCUUCCUGGCCACUUCACAACAAGGCUUGUACGAGUCCAAAGAGUACUGUCAGGAAAACUUUGACGGUUUCUGUGUGUGGUCCUACAGGCAGGAUCGCUUUGCUGUGUCGGGGAAGGGUUCUCAAAGGGUGUUUCUCGGUACGAUAGAUUCCCCAGACGAUGGAGUUUCUGUGAGGCUAGAGUGUGCUGUGCGCGCCAUGGCAAUGGAUCAACAGUACCUUUACAUAGCAUCAGACACCAUCGCAUGUGCUUAUGACCUUCAGAAGUUUCACCUAUACCAAAGGUUUCAAGGUCACGUACGUUGUCUUCUGUCCAUUGAUGGUGACAGUGUUAGUGGAUUAGUUGUGACGGGGUCAGCUGAUUGUACGGUAAAGCUGUGGAAUCUUCACACCGCAGACAUAAUCUUUUCUUCCCAACUCCACCAUGUGGGCUGGGUCUGCCAUGUAAAGAUUUUAAUGGAUUUAAACUCAUCAACGCAAGCUUUUAUGGCAUAUGAUUCCAAUGCUUAUUUAAGUGUGUGGACUGUAAAUAAGUUGGAACAUUCUGAAGUUUGGACUGUACAGCAUGUUGAUGAUUUACUGACGGACAUGAAAAGGAUUCCGUUACCAGCUAUUGAUAAAUGUGGAUUUUUUGUGUUCCAGAAACCGAUCGAUGUGUAUCAAACAAACUUCUGUAUUGUAGCUUAUUAUAAUUUAGUCUUAAAACACCUCGAGAAUCAUAAAUACAAACUAAAAUUUAUCAAGCAUAUUGACAUAAAUCAUCGUUUUCAAGACAUGCUAGCUAUAGGCGAUAGGUUUACAAUGUACACUCAGGUGACUCUGGAGAAAUUGUCUGUGUGUGUGUAUGACUUACAUGGACAGCGACCUCUGUUAAAAGUACCUUUACCAGAACCUCUGCCAGUUGGAAGCUGGGCAGUAUACUUGGAGAAACAUGAUUGGCUGAGUGGUUUCACCAGCACCAACCUACCAAACAGCCUUUUCUGUGUACUAGAACCUCAAAAUAUUCAUAGACAUCAGACAAAGUCUUUACACCAAGUCAAAAGACAUCAUGUACCCUAAUGUAUACCGGUGUAGUAGUCUACCCUAAUGUAUAUCAGUGUAGUAGUUUACCCUAAUGUAUACCAGUGUAGUAGUCUACCCUAAUGUAUACCGGUGUAGUAGUCUACCCUAAUGUAUACCAGUGUAGUAGUCUACCCUAAUGUAUACCAGUGUAGUAGUCUACCCUAAUGUAUACCGGUGUAGUAGUCUACCCUAAUGUAUACCAGUGUAGUAGUCUACCCUAAUGUAUACCAGUGUAGUAAUCUACCCUAAUGUAUACCAGUGUAGUAGUCUACCCAAAUGUAUACCAGUGUAGAAGUCUACCCUAAUGUAUACCGGUGUAGUAGUCUACCCUAAU